CUGCCGCCCACCUCAUGGAUGACGAGCCAGACACUAUGUAUAUACAACGCGCUCUUCUUCACAAUGGCAACGGCCCUCUCUCGGUCAUCGCUUAUCCCUCUAAGCCUGGGUACUUACGACGCGAUGGCGAUCCAACAGCACCGCUCUAAACCCAGCAUCCUCUUGGCCCUCAAGGUUCUCCAAUUUGUCCAUCAGCUUCGUCGUCGCCUCAAGCCUCGCGCUUCUAUUUUUGGCAGAAAUGUUUGCCUCGGUCUCGAGUCCAAGGGUCUCUGCAAGCUCGCAAAGGGUCUGCCACACACUGGGCUUCAGAAACAGAGGCACUCAAAUCAUGCCCCGGACCGCGUCUGCAAGAAUUGGAACAACGGCCGCACUAGAACCCGCCCGCGUUUGAAACUGCAAACUGCAGAAAAGGGUAACGGUCUGGCGAUUCAAAACCAUCUUGGCAAAGAAAUGCAACAUAUGCUACAUUCGGCCGACCAAAACUUUGCCCAGACAGGUCGACCCCUGUCGGCCAUUGCUGCCAACAAUGGCCUUUUCGUCCAGCAGAGAAACCUGGAUUUGCGCCAGUGGUCUCUGAAUGACAUUACGCAGGCGCUGGUCCAGGUGCACGAUGCUAUCAACGUGAUAUGUGCCUGUCGAUCGCAGUUCGACGAUGAAUGGCUCAUUGCCCAAGGCCAGAAAAUGGGUCUGAACUUUGAUGAGAUAUUCAUCGCCAACUAUGAGCAUUUGCUUUUUCAACUGCAAGGGCAAUUGAUUGAUGCAUUGGGACGUAAGGUCCUUGAAGCGCUGCUGCUUGGCGACCACGACAAGAAACAGCAUAGGCUGUUGGUUUGGUUCACCGAAUUUUCUGACAAACCGCGUCCACUUUCAACGUUUCCUUGGACCAUUAAGCCUUCAUUAGCAGUGCUAUGGGGGGUGUGUUGGAUGUUUUACAACCCUCCAAACAGCCGCCAGAGUGCUCAAAGAAGGGACUUUUGCGUCUCGCGGGAUGCGGUUCUGAGCAAUGUACAAUUGAAAAACUGGGACAGAUCUGAUGCGGAUACGUAUGUCAACUUCGGGAUGGGGCUAGUCGGCACAGCGCCGCUACCUGAAGCGCAACAGCAGGCCCGGGGAGUCGAAAACAUUGAUCUGGCAGGAGGAGACAAUGGAGACUACCUGAGGUUACGAAACGCGGAUGUGUGCGAUCCGGCCAAUUUGGAAUUCGCGCCACAAGCAUCACGUGCAUUCGCGCGACAGGGAUUUAGCGGCCUGAGUACUUAUUGCUCGCCUUUCCCAGCAGGCUCGAAUAUCGAUCAUUUCAGUCUUAAUAAUAACUUGCUUUCCGACCUUCAAGGCAACACCGCCACUUCUCUUGCAGUCUAUCCUCAACAGCUUGACGACAAUAUUUUAAACCAAGAUUGGCUGAGCCUUCCACCCGAUUCUUUGCCACAAAGACCUACGAAUCAUCUGACGAGUGCUGCAUUUUCACCACCAAGCAUUCGAGUCACCGGGAGCGCGGAUAGCUUUGCUGCGCCACAACCAGAUUUCGCGGCCUUUAGCAACGCCAGUUUAUAUUCUCCAACAUCCCAAGAGCCUCAGGCCCUAUCACCCCUCAAUACAUCAUUCAACCCUUUUCUCAAUUCCAACAUGGGUAACUGCCAACCACUGGAACCUGUGUCCCCUCACAACAUCAAGGCUGGACGUCAUGAACGCAACUCUUCUAUAAAUUCAGUCAACUCAAACUUCCCUACUCCCACCAGUAUGGCGGGCUGCCACUCACCACUCCUCUCUCCCGCUGAUGACCGAAGGCCUUCCAUGCCACGCUCUGUGGGGCACUCGCGACAGCCUUCUGAAGAUCGUUCUUCUGUUUCACAGUUUGGCGAUGACAUUGGCUCCCCUGGGAGGAAGAACCAUUCCUACAAGCGCGCCGAGGAACCCCCUAAGAAUGCCGAAGGCAAGAUGGUAUGCAAACACGACGAAUGCAUCGGCCAGACCUUUGACCGGAAGUGCGAGUGGAGCAAACACAUGGACAAACAUGAUCGUCCCUACAAGUGCAACGUCGCAGGCUGCGAGAAACUACAAGGCUUCACCUACAGCGGCGGAUUGUUGCGACACGAACGCGAAGUGCACAAAAUGCACGGCGGAACCAAGAAAUCCCUCUUCUGCCCUUUCACCGAUUGCAAACGCAGCUCCGGCUCCGGCUUCACGCGCAAGGAGAACCUCGCAGAGCACAUUCGUCGCGUUCACCGGAGGACAAGCAUGUCGGCGGAUCUUGGCCAUCUCAUCAUCUCACGGGCCGAAAGCCUCUACUCGAGUCCCAUCACUGAGUCACGUAUGCCCUCUGAGUCACCUUUUCAGCGCAUACUCGAGGUGCCUGGAGAAGAGAGUGGGCAGAAUCUGUUGAAGCGGAAACGCAACUCAGAGUCCGCAAUCCCGGAGCUUGGUGAGGAGUCUGACCUCCGCGCCGAGAUCAAACGCUUGCGAAAAGACAACGAGGAGAAAGACAGCCGCUUGCAUCAGCUUGAAGCCGCGGUCAUGGCCCUCCAACAAGCACGACGAUAG